AUGGAUGUGCUGAGAAGAGGCGACACGCUAAACCCGAGGGUUAAAAGGAGCAGGAGCAUAAUUCAAAGGGACGAAAGAAACCAGGAGCACAGCAGCGGCAGCGGCAGCAAUCAUCACCAACUGGUGAUUUAUGGGAAUUCUUUCAGAAACAAUUCGCUCGGGUACGCAUGGAAUGCAUACUUUGAUAAGAACAAAAUAAAGAAGAAUAUUAUGGUAUGCUGUGAUUUAAGCAAGAUUUGCAAUGACAUCUUAAAAGGAGUUGAGAACAACAGCUUGACAAUUAAAACGUUUUCCUUUUUGCUCAUUGGGGUGUGUAACAUAUACAAAAAGAAAGUGUAUUUUAUUGGUCAAGAUUACGAUUUUUUAAAAAGGAAGAUCCUGUCUCUUUAUAAAAAUAAGGACAAUGAAUUGAACGACUUGAUGGUAAGUGGUAAGGAUUCCAAGAGAAGAAAAUUAGGAAAGGACAACGAAGAUGAUAGUAGCAAAAAUGGAAAUAAAAAGAGGCUAAAUAGAAAUUCCCUGAAUAUAAAGAGGGGUUCCAUUGGCUUGAACGAAUUAAUCCCUUCCGUAAUUGACAAUUUUACGGGAAGAAAAUCUCGAUUUUCCCUGAACGCUGAUGAGAUAAGUAUUGCCGGGACACAGAACAACAGUUACAAUGACAUGUUUAAUGAGAACGAAAUGAAUAAUGAGAUGCUUCUAGAAAUUUCCGGCUUGAACUAUCUAAAUUUUGACCACGACAAUGAAGACACUGAAAAUGACCAUGGUAAUGGUAAUGUUAAUAGCGGUAUGCAUAAUAACUACAUGGGUAGAAAUAAUGGAAGCAUCAGCAACUGCAGUAGUGUACACAGCAGUAUGGGGAAUUACCAUGACAUGGAAAAGGCAUUAGAGCGGUCAUACAUUUCUAGGAAUAGCAUUCCUAUGAACAACUUUGAUGGGCUGCAUUUGAAUAGGGCCCUAUCUGAGUCGUUUCACAACCCCAUGGAUAAUUUGAACUUGGAAAAUUCUAUAUUGAACAAUAUGAUUCCGAAGAACAUGUUUUCUAAUUUGCAGAAUUCCAUGAAUGAGAGGGGCAGCAUGAUGGGUGAAUUUAACGACUUGGAGUUGAAUUCCGUGCACAGGAGUGACGGGGUGAACUCUAUGAAUAGGUUCAACGAUGGGAUGGAUGGAGGUGACAAUGUUGGUGUGAACCUUGAUGGGAGUAUAGAUAGGAUGAACCUGCAGAACGAAUUUGCGAAUAUGGGUGAUGGACAAGCAUUGCAUCAGCCCUUUGGAAACUUGAAUAUGCAGGGAAAUGAGAAUGGAAAGGGGGUGAACGCAAAUGAUGGAAAACCAUUGGCUAACAACUUUAAUGGGAUGACAAACAUGCCGUAUAAUGUGUCUCCAGGAAACAAUAAUUUCAUGGGAAGGUAUCACAAUAUGAAUACAUCUAUGCAUAACAGAAACGACCUGUAUAAUUUGAAUCCAUUUAUGAGUAUGCAUUCAAUGAAUAACAAUAAUAUGGACGGUAGAAAUAGUUUUGCUCCUUAUGCGCAAAAUAUUCCAAAUCAUAACACCUUUGGAGAUUUAGAUAUGAUGAGUAACGUUAUAGUGGGCAGCAUGUUCACUCCUCAGAAGAAAAGAAAUUUGUCCAAGAAGAAUGCCUACUUGGGAGCCCUAAAUUUUGAGUCUUAUCAGAAUUUUGAUUAUUUCCAUCAGAAGGAUGACGAUGCUUUUAUUAAGAAGUUGAAUACCUUGCUAGGGUUAGAUGAUGAUGAUGAUGAAAAAGAGGGCGGAAGGAACGAUGGGAAAGAAGGCGCAGAAGAAGGGGAAGAAGAGGAUGGUGUGUAUUUAUCCCACAGAGAUAAUGCAAAUAAGGGAUCUGGACAGGGGGGACAGAUGGGCGACUCCUCCAACACGGGAGAAAAUGACAAAUAUGGAAAUAACCAAAUAGUUCUGAAUGAUGAGGGGGAGAAGAACAAGGAGGCAGGUUCUACCCUGAAUGGCUCUACCACCAUGCAGCUGGUAGGGAAGAAAAGAAAAUUAGAAAAACACAUUAUUGAUAAAAAUUAUAUGAUAAAGGAUGCAGUGAUGAAGGGGAUGUUGAAGCACGAAAGUGUAGACUACAAACAUUUUCUUAUCGAAACAAUAAAUAACGAAAUAAAUGAAAAGAUGCAGAAGGACUAUCCGUCCUUUCAACAUUUCUUCCUGCACAACAGCACCGAUAAGGUGAGAAGUGUGCAUAAGUUGGAAAUAAAUUUUGGGUACGAAUCUCAGGAUUUGGAGAAGAAGAAAAAAACGCUCGAAAAUUAUUUAACUUGCUCAGUGGGUAACAAGUCCUUUUUAUAUGAAAAUAAAAACGUGUUUGAUCAUUUUAAUAUAAAAAAAUGCCUGGAUAAUAUCGACGAUAGUAUGGCAUCGAACGAGCACGAGACUCUGUCGAAUCAUUUCUUAUCAUUUGACGGGGAGCACGAAGUAGGGACUAUGAAGAGUGACACAAAUAUGAUGCAUUUCGAGGAGGUGCGAGAGCAAAUGGAUGGAAUGCCAUUUGACCUACCAAAUGAGAACCACACGAAUGAGUACAAAAAUAGGUUCAGCAUAGAUCCAUCUCUAUCACAGCAGGAGCACAUAGACCUAAAUUUGAACGACCUGAAUAUUAAAGAGUUGAGUAUUAACGAUUUGCAUGAUAGGGAUCUGUCUUUUAAGGACGACAUGGGUUCUAGAUUGAACCUGGAUAGUCAGAUGUCGAAAAGUUUGGUGGCUUACGGAGAAAACGGUAGUGUAGAAAAAAUGGACGAAUUAGAAGUGAAUGGAAAUUUCCUACAUGAUCGACUCAAUGCUGAAUUCACUUCCUCUUCGGGAUCCCCCCUCCUAGAUUUGUCUAUCAACUCGAAUUAUGAUUUCUCUAAUGUUUUCACCAAGGACAAUGACAGCUGUUCAGUGCUGGAUGAUAAGUGUGGGCCAGUGGAGAUAAAUUUGAACCAGGACUUUGACUUAAUUGCCAAGGAGUUGCUGGAGGUGUAUAAGAAUUUAUCGACAAAAAUUAACUACAUCUUUUUCGACCUCAUUACCAAGGGUAGACAAUCCAAGGAUGAAGUAGCUGUUUUGUUUUAUAUCACUUUGCACUUGGCAAAUUUGGGGUACAUAAACAUAGUGCAGAAGCCCAUGCUUGCGGACCAGCUGAAUUCCUAUGGGGACAAUUUCUCGAGGCCCAUCCUCAUUCAGUAUAUUGGUCAGAAGGACGACUGA